UAGUCCUUUGCAUAGUUUCUGUUAACCGUUACUUCUACAGACAGGCAAAAGCUCUUAUACAUAUCCACUUCUCUCUAUUAUCAGAUAACACCAUUUUCACUGAGCUCUUAUAUAUUUAUCAUCUGGGCCUCUUCAAAACACAUAAAGAUUGAAACUUUAUGGCAAUGAAGAAGCAAAAAACAACCCCAUCAUCAAAUUUCAACUUAUUUGAUCAUCUCUCUGAAGAACUCAUUUUCUUGAUUCUUGAUCACUUAAAAGACAGCCCUUUUGACUCAAAGUCAUUCUCUCUUGUAUGCAAGUCAUUUCACAAGCUUGAAUCUUUACACAGAAAGACCUUAAAGCCUCUUCAUCCAAAGCAUUUGCCAAAGAUUUUGAACCGGUAUCAAUAUGUUAGCAAUCUUGAUUUGUCUCUGUGUCCUAGGGUCACUGAUGAGGCCCUCAAUUUUAUAUCUAGUAGUUGCAAGAAAAUGUUGAGGUCUAUUAAUCUGUCAAGGUCAAGGUUUUUUAGUCAUCUGGGCUUGUCUAAUUUGGUCAAGAAUUGCUGUGGUUUGGUUGAGAUUGACUUGUCUAAUGCUGAGGACUUGAGGGACUCAGGUUUGGCUGUCUUGGCUGAGGCUAAGAAUUUGGAGAUAUUGUCUUUGGCUAGGUGUAAAAUGAUUACAGAUAUUGGGAUUGGUUGUGUUGCUGUUGGGUGUAGGAGACUGAGGUUUAUUAGUUUGAGGUGGUGUUUGGGUGUUGGGGAUUUAGGAGUUGGUUUGAUUGCUGCUAAGUGUAAGGAGAUGCAGAGUUUGGAUCUGUCUUACUUGCCGAUCACUGAGAAAUGCCUUUCGCAAGUCAUGAAAUUAGAACACUUGGAGCAUUUGGUUCUAGAAGGAUGCAUUGCAAUUGAUGAUGACAGCCUUGCUGCUCUUAAACAUGGAUUCAAAACUUUACAGGCCCUUAACAUUUCUUGCUGUGAGAAUGUAAAUCAUGCUGGUUUGUCUUCGCUAAUAAAUGAAGCUAAACCUCUACGAGAACUUAUCUUAGCAUAUGGCUCUCCUGUGACUCUUGCUCUUGCAAAUACUUUGCAAAAAUGUUCCUUGUUGCAGUCAAUCAAAUUAGAUGGUUGUCAGGUUACUUGUUCUGGACUGAAAGCAAUUGGAAAUUGGUGUGCUUCGUUGAGGGAAGUAAGUUUAAGUAAAUGCUUAGGAGUGACAGAUGAAGGUCUCUCAUCUCUUGUAACAAAACACAAGGACUUGAGGAAACUAGAUAUUACAUGUUGCCGCAAAAUAACUCACAAGUCAAUUGCCAACAUCACAAAUUCUUGCACCUCCCUAACCUCAUUCAGGAUGGAGUCAUGCACCCUGGUUCCAAGGGAAUCUUACAUCUUGAUUGGACAGCGUUGCCAUUUUCUAGAGGAACUUGACCUUACAGAUAAUGAAGUUGAUGAUGAAGGGUUGGUAUCUAUCUCAAGGUGCUCAAAUCUGGCCAGCUUAAAACUAGGAAUUUGUCUCAACAUUACAAAUGAGGGGCUUGCUUAUAUCGGAAUGGGCUGCUCAAAACUUACAGAGCUUGAUCUAUACAGGUGUGCUGGAAUAUCAGAUAAGGGUAUCUUCGCAAUUUCUGAUGGCUGUAAUAAUCUUCAAAUGAUUAAUAUAGCCUACUGUAAUGAUAUUACAGAUACCUCCUUGAUAUCAUUGUCGAAGUGUUCCAAGAUACACACCUUUGAAAGUCGAGGAUGCCCUCUUAUCACGUCUUUUGGUCUAGCCGCUAUAGCUGUGGGAUGCAGACAACUAACUAAGCUAGACAUUAAAAAGUGUUACCUUAUUGAUGACCUGGGAAUGGUUCCAUUUGCUCACUUUUCCCAAAAUCUCCGACAAAUAAACUUGUCAUAUAGCUCAGUUACUGAUGUUGGGCUCUUGACGCUGGCCAGUUUCAGCUGUCUACAGAGUUUAACUAUACUACAUUUGAAAGGUUUAACUCCCAGUGGAUUAGGUACUACACUCUUGGCAUGCGAGGAAUUAACAAAAGUGAAGCUUCAUGUAUCUUUCCGAACAUUGUUCCCAAGACCUCUUAUUAAAUAUCUAGAAAGUCGUGGAUGUUCAUUCCAGUGGAGAGAUAAAGAAUUCCAGGCUGAACUGGACCCAAAGUGUUGGAAGCUAGGAUUGGAAAAUACGGAAUAGAAGUUGAAAAGGUCAAUCAAGCUCUAUUUUGCCCCGGAAAAGCACUUGAACCAUAAACACACCAGUUUCUGCUUUUUGUCGAGCUAUAACUCCUAAGCAUGCUCCUCAUUCCUCAACAGGGAAGAAGAACGGUACAAGGGUCGUCUGCGUUACUGACUUACAGCUCAAUAUUCUAGUUUUAUCAGAUUAUCCGAGUCAAAUAUGAAAAAAGAAACUCCGAGAGGACUCAAGCAGCUCAGUCUUUAAACUUUCGAAAUGAGUCUUCUGCUGCUGAGUACAGGUAUUCAGCCAUUCAGGAAUACAGUAAUGUUGUUGUUUUGAGGUUUUUAGUCAGAGCAUGAGAACCAGCAGUGGCGGAACCAGAGGGGGGCUAGGGGAUGCUAGAGCCCCCCCUAACCUAAAAAAUACAGUGUAUAUUUUUUUUCCAGCCCCCGCUGAAUUUGUGAUGUCAAUAUAAUUUUAUUA